CUUAUAUAGGUACACGGGUUUUAAAAGACAUAUUUAUUCAUAUAAUACUAUACCUAAUGAUAUACACACUACGUUAAGUACAGAUAUACAGUGGAACGCUAGGAUAUAGACAGGAUUGUAUACCUCUGCUCAAAUUGAACAAAUUUAUAUUAUGGAAAACCAAAAUGGAUACAUUAGGACAGAAUUUGUGAUGAACAUUUGACGGACUAACAGGGACGUACAUAUAAGUUACGCCCCCGCCGAAAAGUUGUGAGUGUAGGAUGUUCUGUGUUGGGAUAAGAUAUUUGGACAAAAAGGAAUUAUGUCCCGCAAUAAUCGAGGCGUGUCCCUAACUGGGUAUGUGGUAUAUCUGAUGGUGGUGUGGUUAGGCCAGGGCACGUCCUGUGUACCGCUGUUGGAUCCCCGGGAGGCGGGCGUCUACACCGCUUUAUCUGACACUAAUGACACCAGUACACAAACGACAAGUGACACGUGCUGGGCCGACUGUUCGCCACAGGACAUGAAUUUUGUGUGCAGUGUCCACAACGAGACAGGUUGGAGACAAUACAGGACUCGGUACCAGACGUCACGAUUUUCUAUAACCAACGCCAGCGGUCCAGAAUUGGUGGCUGUUGCUCUAGACCAUCGGGGAUACAACGGUACUGGACAAACCUCCCUCCGCCCCGCCCUCAGUCUCACUAUCAACAUCUCCGCGGAGAUUCUAGGUACCCCGGACACUCCCCCGCAUAACCCAGGGGCACUGUUGGUCAGGAUAAGUGGGAUCAACGACUCGUACAGUGUCCGGGAAGACCUCUACACCGACACUCCUCUAUACCGACUUUACAGUUUUACAAACUAUACACCUACAACACGAGACACCAACUAUCCGAGACAAGCUUUUCUAAAGUGUAUCGACAGCCUGGAUGUGUACAGACUGGAAAUCACAGCUUUUGUUCACGUUCCCGUUAUCCGUUUUAUGACUCGGACGGUGUACACGAUUACCUCCCCUAACUAUCGUGACCACUAUCUUCCCCCUGUGAUAGCCACAUCGCUCCACCCUACUAACGGCAACGUCAUUGUAGUUUUCGAGACUAACGAGGUUGUCAAAGUGUCCACGGUGGCCUUAAUCAGAAUCAACGAAAUAAAAUUUGCGUACAGCCGGAACGUGCCAUCAAAAACAAGCGUCGUCACGUUCCAGAACGUCACAGCAGGGAUGUAUAAAGCAACGAUCGAAAUAGCGGAUAAACAAUACCAUUCUCAUCAAUUUUGUGUACGAAUGCUAGGAAAUAUGGAUGACAAUGAAUGCCCAAGAGCCCCAGAAGCUGAGCCAUUUACCUACAGAAAACCCCGAUACCUCAUGCCGGCCUUGGUUUUCGUCCUAGGUCUUGUGCUCUUAUGCAGUGUGAUUGCCUUUGUACUUUACUUGAAUAGAUACAGGCUGACAAGUCUCAUCAAACAAGAUCAUCAAUUUCUUCAAGUGAAAUAUGUAACUAGAAUAUUACUGUUGAACCGAUCCCGAGAUCAACAGGUGGCCAAGUAUCUUGUGGACUUUGUCGAGGAACACUUUCCUUGGGUAACGUUUGUUUCCGAUGAGGAACAUGGUGCUGACAUAGAUAUUCAAAGCAAUUUGUCGACGGCAACUACUUCCUGUGACCACGUGAUUGUAAUAUGGUCUCCACUGCAGGCAGAGGGAGACGUUUUUGACAAGACGAUUACACAUGAAACUUUUUUCAAUUGUCCUGACGAUGUUGAUCUAUGUGUUAUUUUUCCAUCGGACGGUGCCGACAGCUCUUUGUUACCACCUGAACAUAAACGAGCUCGCACAUUUGAUUUACCUACAGAUAUAGAAUCAUUUUGUCAGCAUUGUUUUUCAAAAAGUCCUUUGUCAUUGGGAUGUAUUCAAAACUUUUAUGACUCUGCAUCAUUUAAAAAAUUAGUUGAAUCUUGUAAAAAGGAUUCAUGUACUGAGCAAGUUGAUAUUGAAUGUGACUCUCGUGUAGAAAAUCCUGCCAACUGUCUUGUGCUUGGCGUAAAUGAAAGAGACAAUACCAAAUUCAACAUCGAAAUAUCCGAAAUGGAAACUCAACGAGAAGAAUUCCAGUCAAUUCACUUAGAAUAUACAAGUUGUCCCAUUCAUGGAAUGCACACACUGCCGCAAACAUAUACACUAAGUCGACACAAUAGUGAACAAAACAGCUUUUCUGACCAGCAUGCAUACAACGAACAGCUCCUUCCUACUCCAUCGUCACUUGAAAGACUAGAAAGCAAAUUUUUAUUGCUUAACGCGGGUAUUUGACAUGCCAAUAUCAUUUGUAUUUUAGAUACAAGGACAUUGCCAAAGUUUUAGGAACCUUUCUUGGACAAGGACAUCAUCUAUAUCAGUUUCUGAAGACUUUUUUUUAACUGUAAUAGACCGGGUAAUACAAAGCUAUUUACGGAAUCUGGACGUUUUUUGAUGUUUGAAAGCAUUAUCUCCCAUAAUUUGCGUAAGGGACCCUGGGAGAUUGGUGUAUAAAGUCUCAUUAGAUGCUAAUUAAUACAUCAGAUAGUCUCCGAAAUGAAGCUCAUCCUAACAACGUCUGCGACCAUAUUGCCAUGUGUACGUCAGAUAGACUUGUUUACCUGCCAAUGCACUUUUUCUUCCCGCUAGGUUUUUUUUUUGAUUUAAACAUAGUUUUAUUGUUAAAUAUAACAACAGGAAUAGGACACAAGUUAUCGCAACUUAAAACGCCUUCUCCCAAUAAUCAUUAUGUACAUAAUAUGAAUUUACAAUAUAAUACAGUAUAUAAAAUUUGUAUAUGAUGUAAGAAAAGACAGAGAUGAGGGACAGAAUGAAAAGUAAAUAUGUUAAUGCCAGUUAAUUUAAAGAGAGAGAGAGAGAGAGAGAUGACCUAAAAUCGAUUACUGGAUUUAAUAAAAUUUUGAACAUAUUGAAAAAUAUAGCCAUUUUGUUCAUCAGAUAGUUUAGGAGAACCCCAGAGAAUAACAUUAAGAGUCACAUUACAAUAGCGGGAGAGAUUAUCAAAUAAAGUUUCACGCUCUCUUCUGUACAAUAUACAAUCAAAAAAAUAAUGAUACACGUUUUCACACUCAUUACCACAUGCACAGGUUGUAUCAUUAAUUAUAUUUACUCUAUACAAAUCAUAGUUUAAGCUACUACAAACAUGUCUUAACCUUGUGUGUAAAACAUUUAAUUUUCUAUUUCCAGUUAGAUAAUAAAUAGGUAAUAUAUCA